AUGGCAGCAAGAUUAAUGAAAGAAUAUAAAGUCUUACAAAAUGAAGAAUUUGAAGACAUUUUAUUAUAUCCAAGAGAUGAAAGUGAUUUAUAUAGAUGGGUAGCAAUUAUAAAGGGACCACCAGAUACACCAUAUGAAAAUGGUAAAUUUGAAUUAGAUAUAUCAGUUCCUACAAACUAUCCAUUACAACCUCCAACUAUUAAAUUUGUUACAAAAAUUUUUCAUCCAAAUAUUCAUUUUAAGACUGGUGAAAUUUGUUUAGAUUUAUUAAAAACAUCAUGGUCAGCAAUUUAUACCCUUCAGUCAGUUUGUAGAUCAAUUAUAGCAUUAUUAUCAUUACCAGAGGCUGAUAGCCCUUUAAAUUGUGACGCAGGUAAUUUAAUUAGAAAUGGUGAUGUUAAAGGUCAUGACUCAUUAGCUAGAAUGUACACAAGAUUAUAUGGUUGUUAA